UGAGACAUGGGGAACCAGAAGAGGCUGACUGUAGUUACGCCUCUGACAGUUGCGGAUCCAACCGUUGAGCGACCGACUCAAGAAAAUAGUAGAUAAGCUGGCUGCCGCCCUGGUCUAGAAAAGAUUGGACAGCAAUCCUUGCAUACAGCCACACGUAAGCUUGCCUGAUACAUAAUACCGCGUUUGAUCCUUCGUUCAGGCCACCUCUGAGCUCACUCGACCUCUGCAUUCUCUCAACCAAGAGCGAAGAUAACUUCUCGCACACCACUCCAUUGACCGGUAUCAUCGCCUCAGGACGCCAUCAUGAUCUGGAAAAGAAGUAUAUAUACCGUUGUCACACCACUGCCUCCCACGGUCAGCCGCGAGACAGCAGUCGCGAUGCUGCAUUCACACGCCGAAAUGAUCGAGUUGAAUCCCUUGGUGAUUCAUCAUACGCAAUGCAAGCCGCCAUCGUCAGCUCCGCCGGACGAGUUCCAUGCCAUCUGGUACGAACUCACAGAUCGAAUCACAUAUCUACCAGGCAUCAAGGGCCAAGUCAGCUACAAGGCCUGUUUUCACGAUCUACCUCGUGGUCUUCAAACACACGUCUACGCCCCCGCCGGUCUUGAAAUCAAGGAAAAGUGGAGCAUCGGUGGAAAUGAGGCUGGAGAAGAGCGCGAAGUCAUCGAACUCGGCCUGAGCAAUCUUGGUGUACCGCGGGAAGGACUCUACUUGCGCGAAGACAUCGACAUGAGCUGCAACAUCUUCCUCACCAGCUUCGUCAAGAAGACACUCAACAAAGCUCAUGGAAUUCUGGUUGACCGCCUAGUCGUCAAAGCAGACCUGGCGGACGAUAAGAAAGUCAGAGAGAGCUAUCGCCGCGCCUCAGUCCUCACAGGAACUAGUGGUGUCAGUGGCCUUGGAGUCAUUUCGCCGCGUGCUUCCCUCAUGAACGACAGAAGUCACAGCAGUAUGAGUGACAGACAUCUCCGGAGCCCGAGCAGCAUGAGCGACGUUCACAACCGAAGUCACAGCAGCAUGAGUGAUUCUCGACCGAGCUUCACAGACAGCACAACAACUGCAGCGACAUUGCGAGAUGAUCAACCUGAGGGCCAGCAACUCCAAAGCAUCGCCGAGCUGGAAGCCUCAGAGAAACUUUUCGACGCAAAAGGUUUUCAGCUUGAGAGGCAGCUUCCGCCACCUCCACCAAUCGAAAUGCCAUGACUGACGCCUGAGGCAGGGAGAUCGGUUGCACAUAUCUUCUCUUCUACCGAGUUCUGUCUUGGCUUGGUCUUUGUUUCUCAUGCGGUCACUUUUCUUCUGUUUAUGGGCGCUGACGAUUACCCUUUGUUUGCUCAAUAUCCUCUCCUAUGUGUUUUGCCUAUUGUUCUGAGCUUUUCGACUUCUUUAUACCUCUUGCGUUGAUAUCCAUAAUUGUCUGUAGGGCAGUGUACUCGAAUUGUUCUAUUUCUCUCAAUACCAUUUUCCCGCUAUCAUGAGCA